AAUUUAUUGUAUUUUUGAAAACAAGAUAGUAUUUCUCUAUUUUUGUGCCCAUUUUCCCCACUCCCACCCCUCUCUUCUCAAAGGCGUGAAUCUGAAUACAAUUAAAAAAACCCUAAAUCGGCCGACUCUCAUUCUCUCAGGUUUACGAUCAUUUUCGAGCGCUUUGCAUCCUUUGAUCAUCGUGGCUUAUGUAGAUGUGGUGAAAUCUCAAUUUGGACUACAAUGCCAGUUUAUUGAAUUUUGUACGGUCAAAAUCAUAUCUUGCGCGGUUUUGUUGUAUUUGAUUUUGGAAAUAAGAUGGAUGGAAAUGGUAAUAUGAAUUUAAGGAGUUGGGCGUUUCUUGAACCCCCAGCAAGUAAUUGGAAGAACCAUCUUGGCCUUCAGUUAAUACCUUCCAUAACUGAGAAGCCCCUUUUCGGUGGGGGUUGUGGCGAUGGAUUUCGUGAGCACCAAAACUUGCACCCUUCCCCAUCCCCUGUCAUGUCAUCUAUCAAUGGUGGGCCCUUUCAUCACCAUCGUGUUGGUGGUAUUUCAGAAUCCCACAUCCCCGUAGAAUAUUGGAUGAAUCAGAACAAGGAUUAUCUGAAUAUGUAUUCUGGAAACCACCAAUCUGCUUAUUAUCAAUCGAGUUAUGGGGUAUCACCUGAGACAUCAUCUGCUCAAUCUGUCCAAAUGCCUCAGCAGCUCAAUUUACAGAAGACUGAAAAUGUGAUGUCCAAGAUGGAAGAGGUGUGCGAGGAAAAAGAUGAUGGUGGUGGUAGUAGCGGCAGUGCAAUGGUAGUAAAGAAGAGAGGUGGUAGUAAGGUCACAGGUUCUACACCGAAAGAAAAGAAACCAAGGACCAGAACUCCUCGAGCACCAAGGGAUGAGCAUGAGCCUACUCCUUCAUCCAACCGUGCUAGGACACCAAAGAAGCGGGCCGAAAUUGUUAUCAAUGGAAUUAAUAUGGAUGUAUCAGAAAUCCCUAUUCCAGUCUGCUCCUGCACUGGAGCGCCUCAGCAGUGUUAUAGAUGGGGAUCUGGUGGUUGGCAAUCUGCUUGCUGUACAACUCACAUGUCUGAGUAUCCAUUGCCUCCGAGUGAAAAGAGACGUGGUGCAAGGAUAGCCGGGAGGAAGAUGAGCAUUGGAGCUUUCAAAAAGGUACUGGAGAAACUUGCAUCAGAAGGAUAUAACUUCUCUAACCCAAUUGAUCUGAGGAGUCACUGGGCAAAACAUGGUACGAAUAAAUUUGUGACAAUCAGAUGAAGUUUAUGAUGAAGAUGCUCCGGUUGGCUUCUAAGCGCAUGCGGCACUCGCUUUCUGCUGUAUAUAAUAUGAAUAGCCUGGUUAGAAGCAGAAGCUUUUGGGUGGUUACUAACUUUUCAGCUUCCAGAGUUGAGUUAUAUUUUUCAUAAUUUUGCCUCCUGGUGAAUACGGAUAAGAUUAUAGUCAACUGUUCGCGUUUUUGUAGCUCAACGAAAACAGUGAUCUUGUCUAGUAACAAGGUAUGGGAUUGAUUUGUUGAGAUUUACUUUAUUCAGUUUGUUUCCUAAUUCACUUCCUGACAAUCAAUUUGUUUUAUAUACUAUUUGCGUCUUGUUUCUA